AUGAUCCACCGCGAAGUAGCCGAUGGUCUAGAGCGUCUUUGGAACGUAAGAGAAAACUGCAUAUGGGAAGCCGAUGAAAGUAGUCGCCAUGGAGAGGUUUAUAUAUUCGACCAUGUAUUUAACCAGGAAUGUACAAAUUCAGAUGUAUAUGGAUCUGUAGUAAAACCUUUAGUCGAUUCCUUCAUGGAAGGUUUCAAUGCAACAAUAUUUGCAUAUGGCCAAACAUCUUCUGGCAAAACACACACCAUUUUGGGCAAUAAAACAGAUCCUGGGCUUUUCCAAUUAGUAUCCAAUCAGUUAUUCCAGCAUGUGGCAGACCAGAUCAAUGACCUCCUGGAUAAGAGCAAUCAGGGUUUAACUAUAAGAGAACAUAUCAAAGGAAAUGUGCUGCUUGAUGCAAGGGAAGCUGUCGUAGACAAUGUUGAUAAAGUUAUGGAGAACAUGAUGCAGGGCAAUAAGAUCAGACGAGUUGCAGCUACUCGCAUGAAUGAGAGGUCAUCUCGAUCACACACGAUUUUCCGGAUUAUUCUGGAGUCGAAAGAUGCCAAUCAGAAAGAUGGACCUGUACAUAUAAGCUACCUUAACUUAAUGGACUUAGCUGGUUCUAAGAGAGUUUCUCUGACGAAAGCUGCUGGUGAGCGUCUUAAAGAGGGGGCUAACAUAAACAAAUCUUUGUCAGUAUUAGGAAAUGUGAUAAGGCAACUAAGCGAGGGGAAGGAGUUUAUCAGUUAUCGCGAUUCGAAAUUGACUAGACUGCUCUCACAGGCUCUUGGCGGUAAUGCCAAAUCAUUGAUUAUCGGGAAUAUCAGACCAAUGAUCCACCGCGGAGUAGCCGAUGGUCUAGAGCGUCUUUGGAACGUAAGAGAAAACUGCAUAUGGGAAGCCGAUGAAAGUAGUCGCCAUGGAGAGGUUUAUAUAUUCGACCAUGUAUUUAACCAGGAAUGUACAAAUUCAGAUGUAUAUGGAUCUGUAGUAAAACCUUUAGUCGAUUCCUUCAUGGAAGGUUUCAAUGCAACAAUAUUUGCAUAUGGCCAAACAUCUUCUGGCAAAACACACACCAUUUUGGGCAAUAAAACAGAUCCUGGGCUUUUCCAAUUAGUAUCCAAUCAGUUAUUCCAGCAUGUGGCAGACCAGGUUGAUAAGAGGUACUUGAUUAGAUUCAGUUAUAUUGAAAUCUACAAUGAAAAGAUCAAUGACCUCCUGGAUAAGAGCAAUCAGGGUUUAACUAUAAGAGAAGAUAUCAAAGGAAAUGUGCUGCUUGAUGCAAGGGAAGCUGUCGUAGACAAUGUUGAUCAAGUUAUGGAGAACAUGAUGCAGGGCAAUAAGAUCAGACUAGUUGCAGCUACUCGCAUGAAUGAGAGGUCAUCUCGAUCACACACGAUUUUCCGGAUUAUUCUGGAGUCGAAAGAUGCCAAUCAGAAAGAUGGACCUGUACAUAUAAGCUACCUUAACUCAAUGGACUUAGCUGGUUCUGAGAGAGUUUCUCUGACGAAAGCUGCUGGUGAGCAUCUUAAAGAGGGGGCUAACAUAAACAAAUCUUUGUCAGUAUUAGGAAAUGUGAUAAGGCAACUAAGCGAGGGGAAGGAGUUUAUCAGUUAUCGCGAUUCGAAAUUGACUAGACUGCUCUCACAGGCUCUUGGCGGUAAUGCCAAAUCAUUGAUUAUCGGGAAUGUUACUUCAGCUGCAGAGGAGGAGACUAGAUCUACACUAGAAUUCGCCCAAAGCACUAAAACUGUCAAAAAUAAACCGAAAGUAAACAUCUUGUCAGCUACAGAAGAGGCACUUCAAGGAUAUCAGAACUUGACUCGCGAUCUCGAAACUCGGCUCAAAAAGCAGGCAAUUAAGCUAGAAGAGAUGGAGAAAAGCAAACAAGAGUAUCUGCUCGAGAUAGAAAGACUAAAAACGGAAGUAUCUAUUGUCGGGCGCUUCCAAAUGGGAGCCUCGGCAUCAACACCGAAAAAAACAUUAAGACGUCAUACUUUUGGAGACUAUGGCAACGUAUCACCUAAAAAAGCAUCCCUACGGUAUAUGCCAUUGAAAAAUUAUCCACCCGAAGAAGAAUCAUCCGGACGUGAAAUGAGGCCUAUUCAAGAAGAGACAUAUGAGGAGGCACUAGCCGAAGCAGAAUCUGUGAUAGCUGAAGACGUGCCUGCAAGUGUACUUAAAAGACAACUCAAAGAACUGGAAGAAUCUUUCAAUGAGCUUAGAGAAUUCACUAAACUAGAUAAUCAGCUGGAGAUUUUGGACCUGAAGAAACAGCUCACAGAAGCCAAUUCUAAAAUCGAUCGUUACAGUCAGGAACUCCGCCAAGUAACGGAUGCGUACAAUAAAGAAAUAGAAAGGGUUCAAAAAAAUUCUCAAAAAGCGCAAGAAAUUCAUCGACUUGCAAUACAGACUCGAUUUUCUGGAAAAACAUUAUAA